AUGUCGAUCGGGCCUAUUCCGACGAUUCCGAACCCCCAAAAAAGCGCAACUGCAUGCAUGAGGCUUCGGAGUGUUAGCUCGGCUGCAAUUUUCUGUUGUUGCUGCUAUGUUGUUGGCGCCGUUGUCACCUCAACCGGAAUCACUGUAUCCCUGGGCGAUGUGUCGUAUUUUCUCCCCCCGAAAGUAGUUGCGUCGAUCUCGCUGUCGGAGGAUGUCAAGAGGAUGCUCGUUAGCGGGACAUUUGUGCCAUUCACUGUCGUGAAGGGUGGAGACUAUAGCGCCGCAGAGCUUGCUUCGGUAACUGCAAAGUAUCUGGAAGAGGAUGAUGUGUUUCAGGAAGGAUUCCUUGAAGGGCUUUAUCUUCAAGGAGAGAACCACACGCUAAGCACUUCUCAAGUGCAAAUCCAGAAUAUCUCUGCUUCAGUCAUUACUGGUCAAGCCUCCCAGACCCUGAACCCAGGCCCCUACUUCAUGAGUGCCGCGGGUGAGGUCUACGAAGCGUGGAGAUUAUACUCCGAUACGAAUGGAGCCUUCACGGAAUCUGCAAUCGCAAACGGUGAUGGCUCCUACUCGGUUCUUCCGGCAGGCAUCCUCGGGCAGAGAAUUGCAAUCGCAGUCCCUUCGCGAUUGUACUAUGCCAAAACGGAAGAGAAACCCCUCGCCGGUGUUCGCAUCGGCAUCAAGGAUCUCUACGACGUCAAAGGCCUUCGAACCUCCAAUGGAAAUCGAGCGUGGUAUUGGCUAUAUCCGCCGGCUGACGCUACUGCUACGCCCGUUCAGAAUCUCAUCGAUGCCGGGGCGAUCAUCGUUGGCAAGAUGGUCAUGAGCCAGUUCGCCAACGGAGAAACGGCUACCGCCGACUGGGUGGAUUACCACGAGUCAUUCAACCCUCGAGGUGACGGGUACCAAGACACGUCGUCCAGCUCUUCAGGUGGCGGAGCCGGCACUGGGGCUUAUGCCUGGCUGGAUGUCUCGCUGGGCUCAGACACAGGAGGUAGUGUUAGAGGACCGUCCCAGGUCCAAGGUCUCUAUGGUAACCGUCCGUCACAUGGGCUCGUAUCGCUGGAGCACACCAUGCCGAUGAGUCCGGUGCUUGAUACGGCGGGACUGAUGGCUCGCGAUCCGAUCUUAUGGAUAGCAGCCGCCAAGGCGAUGUACGGUUCCAACAUGACCUUCAGCACCGCUUAUCCGACUAAGAUCACCACGCUCGGAUGGCCGACGUCUGCCGAUAGUAUCGCCGACUCGCUUCUAGUCGACUUUCUCGCGAAUGUCACUUCUUUCCUCAAGGCUAACGCUACGGCAUUCAACAUGUCCACGACCUGGAUCGAGGAGAAUCCGACGGUGGAUCCUCUGGAAGCGCUCCUCAACAUUACCUACCCCAUCCUCAUCGCCAAACAGCAAAUGCCGCUCGUCCGGGACCCCUUCUAUCGCGACUACGCCGCGAAAUAUGACGGUCGGCGUCCAUUCGUCGACCCCGUGCCUCUCGUCCGCUGGGGCUGGGCGGAGAACUCCACGGCGACGGUAGAGGAGGCAGUGGCGAACAAGACGAUGUUCAUGUCCUGGUUCAACAGCACCGUGCUGGUCCCCGACGCGGAGACCUGCUCGAACAGUCUCCUAAUGUACGUUGGGUCCAUCGGAGACACCAUCUAUCGGAAUGUGUAUAGGGACGAGCCAGGCCCUCCGUAUGGCUUCGGGGAAUGGAGCGUCUCCGGGUUUUCAGAGGCUCCGGACUUCGUCGUCCCAAUCGGAGAGGCACCGUACAACUCCAGCAUCACCCAUCACGUCGAGUAUCUUCCAGUCACUGUAGACUUCAUGGUGGCCAAAGGGUGUGAUGGAAUGUUGUUCUCGCUUAUCGAGAGUCUCUAUGAGGCCGGCAUCUUGAAGAAGGCACUAGCAGGUCGGAGUGGAAUAACCGGAGGAGACAUAUUGUUUAGAAGAGGAGUGGGUGUCUGGGGAGACAUGAGAGAAUGA